AAGUCCUCUGGACUCGACCCCCGCAUGGGCUGUUCGUGGGCUGAAUCGAAGACCUACUCCUAGUGUUUUGGGCCUUCCGGGCUGCACACCCCAGCCCGGCGCUCAUGUCCGCUCCUACAAGUGGCUAGACCUUUUCUUCCGUUCACCCGGCCUGCCGCCUGCGUCCUCCCUCGUACGGCAACUUGUGCGACCGCCGGCGCCGACGCCCCAAGGCAGGUGCCCUGUGACCAGGCCUUCGCCGGUCCCUUUCGCGUCCUUCGCCGGCGACGAGCACCACCAGUUCGUACGGGAGCACAAUCAGAGGUGAUCACCAUUUGCUGCCUGUUUGGUGAAAGUUGCGUGAUGGAUGGAUAUGGAGAGGCGGCUGCUGUGGCCAUGGAGUUGGAGGCCGAGGCCAGCCCAUCCAGGGGGCGCUCCUCUCCUGUGGUUUCAGGGUCACCAUCCCAGAAUUCUGAUGGAAGCAUGUCCUCGUGGCGGCUGGGCCUCAAGAACAGCAUCCAGACUAACUUUGGAGAUGAUUAUGUCUUCCAAAUUGCCUCUUGAAACCGGACAGUACCUAGGGGAAUGUAAAGGACACGAAGGAACAAUCCAUGAAAUCUCCUUCUCAGCUCCAUCGUCACCACAAGUAAUCUGCUCUUGUUCUUCUGAUGGAACUGUCAGAGCUUGGGAUACAAGAAACUUUAAGCAGAUAUCUUUGCUAAGAGGAGGCGUGUCACAAGAAAUGUUCACCUUCGCUUUUGGUGGAUCAAAUGGUAGCCUACUUGCUGCGGGCUCUAAUGCCCAGGUUCUAUUCUGGGAUUGGAGAAGUUCAAGACAAAUUGCAUGCUUAGAGGAAUCCCACAUGGAUGAUGUGACACAAGUCAAAUUCACACCAGAUCAACAAAGUAAACUCAUUUCUGCAGCAGUUGAUGGAUUAAUAUGUGUUUUUGACACUGAUGGUGAUAUUGAUGAUGACAAUCAUCUGUUAUCUGUUAUGAAUGCGGAAACAUCUGUUGCCAAGGUGGGUUUUUUUGGGAACAAGUAUAAGAAGCUUUGGUGUUUAACCCAUAUUGAGACAUUAAGUGUCUGGGACUGGAAUGAUGGGGCUAGAGAGUUGAAUAUAGAGGAUGCUCGUUCCUUGGCCACUGAUAGGUGGAACCUUGAUCAUGUUGACUAUUUCGUUGAUUGUCACUAUUCUGUGCCUGAUGACCGGCUAUGGUUGAUUGGCGGCACAACUGCAGGGACGUUAGGUUACUUCCCUGUAAGAAAUGACCAUGAUGGACCAAUAGGUUCAGCUGAAGCAAUCCUCGAAGGAGGCCAUACAGGAGUCGUUAGGUCCGUGUACCCCUCUUCAGGAAUCCAUGGGAGACUUGGGCAAAACAGGGGCAUCUUUGGAUGGACAGGAGGUGAAGACGGUCGUUUGUGCUGCUGGCGCUCUGACGAAAUUGCAGAAACAAACAAAUCUUGGAUCUCUAGCUCACUGGUGUGGAAGCAGCAAAAGAAAACCAAAAACCGGCAUCAGCCCUACUAGCCGCAAUGGAUACCGUUUGGAACUUUCGGCACUGACAAGGGAAAGCCCUGUAUGUGCUGUGAGCAUGUUGUAUCUUUUCUUUGAAUUCUACUAGGUCGUGAUGAAACACAGCACAUUGUAGGUGCAGUUUUGACGUUGCUUAUUGUUUGAGAAUGCUUGUCUAUUUCAGUAACUGGUUAUUAAUCUAGCAAAGAUAUGGUAAGUUGAGUAUUGAAGUUUU